GACAUGUUUGGUUGAGGCCUCCUAGGCUAUAAGAGCGUCUACUCCACAUCCGUCAAUCCAUAAAACAAUUACGUUCUCCAUCAAUCGAAGACAAAAAACAGAUAACAGCAAAUCAAUGGCUCCAACAAUAGCCGCUGCUGGUCCCAAUUCCAUAGCAAAGAAAGAAGAGGAAGAAGAGUUGAGGAAGAGAAACCAGGAGUUGGAGAGGGAGUUGAAGGAGAGCAGGGAAAGGGAGGAGCAGAUGAGAAAGGAGUUACAAAAGACAUGGGAAAGGCUAAGGGUGGCGGAAGAGGCAGAAGAAAGGCUCUGUUCUCAGCUGGGAGAGCUAGAAGCAGAGUCCGUCAAUCAGGCCCGUGCUUACAACGCCCACAUCCUCUCCCUCAUGGACCAGCUCUCCAAGGCUAACCUUCUCGUGCACAACCACCGCUCCUCUGUACCCAUCUCCAUCCUCUGAUCUAUGUUUUCUUUUUUCCCAAUUGUUUUCUAGUAGUAUAUAUUUUGGGCUUCUGCUUUUGCUUGAUGUGUUAUGUAACAAGGGCGUGAGGCGUCUAAAUCAGUACAUUUAUUGUAUAGUUUUAGUUUGUUUGUAAUUAAGGAGUGAUUUUGAACCGUGAAUUCUUUGUGGGAUGAUGUAGAGAGCGGAAGCGCGUUGACCAUAUUCAUUUGUUUCAGCUUCUGCCAUUGCAACGUAAUAUGUAAUAUCCCUCUUUGUCAAAAAUGAGAAGCUUUCUGCUAUGUAGCUGCGGCUUCUAAUAGUUUCCCAUU